AUGGAGGUGACCAAAGUGUCCCCACCUCCCACCUCACCCACUGAAGGAGAUGAUCUCUGUGAGACAGAUGUCACCGAUGUGGCCAUACACAGUGUGACACUGCUCAUCGGCCUCUGUGGACUGGCUGGAAACAGGGCUGUCAUCGGCCUCCUCAGCCUGAAAACCCCCAAUGCUGGCAUCUUUGUCCUGGCUGUUAUCGACUUCCUCUUCCUCCUAUUUGCGGUCCCCUCCGCCUUCCUUAUCCUGGUGGAGGACGUGUCCUGCUCUCCUAUCAUGCCCAUGCUGUACCUGCGUUUCCUUUUCCAGCUCUCAGUGGUCUCCUACUACUGGGCGCUGCUCUGGCUGAUGCGCAGCAGCAACGUGCAGUUUAUGGACAAGCUCUGCUGCAAUUGGCAGCUUCCUCUGCGCCUCUUGUGGGUGGUGGACAGUAGCCAAUCCUGGGCCUUCUUUGCUCUCUUUGCUGUCAUUCCUGCAGUGACAUUCCUGUGCUCGUCACACAAGCAGAAGCACUGCCAGGCAGCUCUCAUCUCCAUGUACGCUCUCAUCCUGCUCCUCUUGGUUGUGCCUGUGGUCAUUUCCAGCACAGUUGAUUUCAUUAAUGCCAAGCGGGGCUCCCAGCAGCAGCAACCCAAGAGGCGUGACAUCGUUACCCUUUUCACUGUGCUGUUAACUCUCCUCUUCAGCCUCUGGAAUUUCCUGCAGCAGCUCGGUUACACCGCUGUGUCCUCACAGGCUCUUUUUCUGCUCGUCUGCAUCCACAGCAGCAUCAAACCCUUCAUCUAUUUAUUGGUGGGGAUGUCCACAAGUCCCUGCUCCAUGGGGUCCCUCCAGCUCUCCCUCCAGAGGGUCUUUGAGGAGCCAAAAGAAAAAACUGACCACAGUGAUAAUGCCCCCACAGACACAGCAGUCUGAGCCUGCUGAUCUCUUCCACUGCUCUGCUGAAGGACCCCAUGAAACUGGCCGAGGGUUUCCUUGAUUCACCUGAUGAAAAAAUAUCCACAGGAACUCCCUCCCUGUGAUGCUGGAUUCCUACAGGAGAAAGGAGCAGGACCAUUGCCUUGGGUGUUUUUUGUGGGAUGCUCUGCAGGGAGCGCAUUGGAGCAUGGCUUUCCUCCUCUCUCCUGGAUCCACAUGGCUCCAAGCAGUGCAGCUGGGCUCAGUGCUGUUCCCCAGCUCUAUUCCCCAUGGAAUGACCCUCAUGGCCUCAGCCCCAGGGAAUGAACUCCAUCUCCUUUGGCUCAGCAGAUGAGUUUCAUGGUGUUUUCAGGGAGCUCUUGCCUGCAAAGAAUGGGACACCUUAAUCCCUGGGGACACACCCAGCACGGGGUGGCAGUGAUUUCCCAAAUCCCAGCAGGGCUGGUACCUCCUGAUGGCAGGAGAGGGGUUGGGAUCACAUGGAGCAUGCUUCCCCUUCUGUCCAGCAGAGCCAGCCCUCCAUUCCCAGCUGAUGGGAAGGGACACCAGGUAGGGCUGCAGAGCUGGGGAGGGACAGCAAUAUUCCGUUGUCUGUUCAGCGGGAAUUUGUCAAAUUCUUGAAUUCCAGAAUGAAAUCCUCCUGAAUAUCAAAGAGCAGGAUCAAAGGUGAACUCCACUGAAGCUUUGUGCAGGUGACCAAAAAUAGCUUUAAACAUGGAAAUUCCCAUCACCAGAUGCUUGGACCAUCUAAUUGCACAGAGAUCAGGGGGUUGUGCUGCUCUUCUGCAGAAUGGGCCCCUCCAUCCUCUGGUUCCCCAGCAUCAAUGCCCAGGGAAGCCCUUGACCCUCUC